AUGCAAACACAGUUGGUAAGAGAUGCUUUGGGCGUAGAUCGCCCUCUAAAAUACAAGACCGUUCUACCAAAACAGACUCAUCUCGUACGAAAAAUACAUCAGUUCUUUUUGCGGGAUGAUGUAACGAGAGCUACAGCUGGAAAGAAGGAGACCGUAACGCACAAAAAACAAAAAGUUCAGAAGAGAUUUUUAUUGGACUCAAUGCGAAACUUGUACAAAGCUUUUUUAAAAGAAAACAGUGGCAUUAAGUGUCACUACAACUACUUUGCCAAACACGGACCAUUUUUUGUGCAAGCACCUGCUGUAGAUGGAAGGGAUACUUGCUUAUGUAAGUUGCAUGCAAAUAUAAGCUAUGUUGUGAAUAGUCUACAUUACAAUAAAGUUAUUAUGCAAAAAGACACUAAUGCGAUCUUGGAGACAAUAGUUUGUACAGUUGAUGCUGAAUCUUGUAUGAAAGGUGUUUGUUCGAAGUGUAAGACCCGGGGCAUAGUUUAUGAAAAAAAUAACCGAGGAAGAAUUGUGCCACUACGUCAGUGGGUGAGGAAAAGCGAAGUUGUAGAAAAGGUAGGAAAAAAGAUAAAGAUUUCAAAAAAUGUCCCUGUUACCGAAAAUCACACUAUUCAAGAAGUUAUUCAAAAAUUUGAAAAUGAACUCAUGAAUUUCAGAACUCAUGUCUACAACGUCCGACAUCAAUACAAAGCAUACCGACAGUGUAUCGAUGGUAUUACUGGAACUGAAGUAGCUUUACAUAUAGAUUUUAGUGAGAACUAUGCCUGUAAAUACCAUUCUGAAGUUCAGUCUCACCGUUUUGGUUCUCUGUCUUCUAAUCAGAACCAUGGACCUUCUGCGAUCUGGGCUCACCUGCACCCAAUUCUUUCUGAAGUAAAAAAUAAACAUCCUGUUGUAACAACGGUUCACUUUUUUUCUGAUGGACCUGCGACCCAGUAUAAGCAGAAGAUUAAUUUCUACCUAAUGGCAAAUAGGUUUUUCGAAAAUUACGAGUUUCGUAAAAUAUCUUGGAACUUUUUUGAGUCAGGGCAUGGGAAAGGAGCUGCCGAUGGAGUUGGUGGAACUUUAAAACGCCAAGCUGAUGCUAUAGUAGCUAGAGGGGCAGAUAUUGCAGACGCAUAUGAAUUUUUUCUACACUUCAAGAUGUCAGCAAAAUUAAGUUGUUUAUACACCCCUGAAAUGAACUAUGCAAGUUCAUUAGAUGUUUACAGAAAGUCGUGGAAUAUUAAACUAUAG